CCUCAGACUGCCUCACCCUGAUAACAUUAGUGGAGAAAGAACACACACACACACACACACACACACACACACACACACACACAGAGACACGCUCACAUCAAGGUGCAUCUGUUUACUGCUCAUUACCGAUUCUAAGCUCAAGGGAGACCAUCUUUAGUGAGCACCUCUGUCCAGCCAACCUUUCCACAUGGAGCUCAGAAAAUGCGUGUCUGGCAGACAGGGAGAGGAAGGAAGGGCUAGAGUGUUUGUUAAUGCGCGCCAUCUCUUGCAACAGGAGAGAGGAGCAUGGCCUUACCUUGGUGAGGAGCCACUGAGGUACCCUGUCAGAGAGCCUCCUCAAUACCAGGAGCCUCACAGGACAAUGGGAACCUAUCUUGACCCCCUGUCACCUGACUAUGGCCCACCCAGCCAUGCCCAGGGCCCUCCCUCCCCUUACAAUAGAACACCUCAACAUGACCCUCCCUCCCCUUCCAACAGAGCAACUCAACAUGACCCUCCCUCCCCGUACAAUAGAACACCUCAACAUGACCCUCUCUCCCCUUACAAUAGAGCUCUUCAUCAUGACCCUUCCUCCAUUUUCAACACAGCUCCUCAACAUGAGCCUCACUCUCCGUACAAUAGAGGUCCUCAAGACGACCCUCAUUCCCCUUAUAAUAGAGCUCCUCAACAUGACCCUCACUCCCCUUUUAAUAGAGCUCCUCAUCAUGAACUUCUUUCCCCUUACAAUGAAGCACCUGAACAUGGCCCUCACUCCCCGUACAAUAAACCUCAUCAUGACCCUCAUUCGCCUUAUAAUGAAGCACCUCAACAUGGCCUACACUCCCCUUACAAUGGUCCUUCCUCACCAUACUUCCCUGAGGACCCUGCCCUCCACCCUGGUCCUCCAUACUAUGACCAUGACCCUUCACAUGAAGACGGUGUCCACGCCCAGGACCCAGCACUCCAGCAUGAGACCGGGAACUUUUGGCAACCCCCAGCAUUGGAAUACUCCACUGAGGAGAGUGAAUUUGGGGAGCACGAGGAUGAAGAAGAUGAUAAUGAAGAGGAAGAGGACGAUGAGGAGUCAAGAAUAGUAAACGACUUGGAGGAAGCUUUGCAGGGGGUCAACAUUCAGCUGCCUCGCCUGGCCGUCACUGCCCCACCCUCUGUUUUGCCUCCCAAGGGACGAGGACUCUGUCGCUUGCCCAACCUUGGAAACACUUGUUACCUCAACGUUGUCCUGCAGUGCCUCUACCACACCCCCGGACUGCCCGCCCUCUUGGCCCAGGCGUGCAAGGGACUGGGUGAUGGAGGUAAAGGAAAGAAGAUAUUCGCUCACGCUCUCAACUCUCUCAUAACCAAGAUGGAUGACGUGAAAAAACUCAAGAAGGGAGAGCUGGCAUACUUCAAGGGCAUAUGUAGUCUGCAGGAUGAGCAGUUUGCCAGCGAGAAGCAGCAGGAAGCACAUGACCUGCUGGCCGGACUUCUGCUGUGGCUACACCAGGAUCUUGCAAGUCAGGAGGAUGUGGAUUGUGCGUGCACCAAGAGAUCAACGAAGAAGCGCUCUGCUGCUGCCAAGAACAAGAAAAAUCACUCAACUCCACAAGGCGCCACCAGUCACCCCCACCAUCACCAAAAGCAACUAGAAAAGAGACCACCAAAACAACCAUCACACCAAAAUGGUUACCAUUACCGAACACCAGCCAAUGAUAACUACCCCCCAAACUAUGAUAUUUACACUGGCAGUGACCAACGUAAUCAGCCGACCAACAACCGCUAUUACCACCAACAACAAUCACGUGAAGAGGAGCGCACAGAACUCCCAGACCAUCACCACAACCACCACCACCGCCGCCAGGGUAGCGCGGACCACACCCCCUCACCAGACCACCGCCAAAACAGCACCAAGGACCAGCAGGCACCCAAGAAAACGUUCAAAGCAUUACCACAGUUGAAGCUUGGACGAGAGGGCGAGGUGUGUGGGCGGUGUGGGGUGACUUAUCAGCGCCGGUCACUCAUCUCGGACUUGUUUGAGGGCAUCCAGCAGCAGGACAUCAUCUGUCCUAAGGAAGGGAUUAUCAUCAACACCACUUGGGAACGGUUCACCUCCCUCACCCUUCCUGUCAGCGGGUCUUCAGAAAUCACUCUUGAGGAGGCUCUGCAGCAGUACUUCAAGAUCAGCCUGUUCAUGUGGGACUGUGAUUACUGCCACUCAAGUCAUCCGUGUCACCAGCAAGUGCGCAUCUUGUGUGCCCCACCCAUUCUCAUCCUUCAUCUCAGCAGGUACACGGACAGACGUAACCCCAGGAAGCAGAGUGUAAUCUACCCCAUGAGUGGGCUGAGUUUGCACGACCAUUUGAAGGUCACCAAGGACAGGGUGAAGCAGUAUGACCUCUAUGGAGUGUGUAACCACCAUGGCACAAUGCAGCAGGGCCACUACACUGCCUGCUGCAGGGCCAACAGGAGCCAGGACAAGCUUGGUAACUGGUAUGAGUUUGAUGACGAGAAGCUCGGCAAGGUAACAAGCUUCAGGCACCCCCGGGAGGCACACAUCCUGUUCUACAACACCCAAAGCUUAGAGGCAAUGCACACCUAGACCCUCCAUUUGACAAACUGACUCAGGAACACCAAGUCAUUGUAUCCCAAUUUUUUUUUUUAAUCUAGAGUUAUUAAUAGUUGUUGUUUUAGAGUAAAGGAAGCAGGCCAAGGGCAAAGCAAAAUAAUGGCAAAAAUUUUGCACACUUCUAGAAAAAAGAAUUCAGAAUCUGAAAGCAGGAUCAGCUCUGGGUAGGGAGGCAUCAUGAUUCUCCCCUCCUAAAAGAGAAAACACACAUGAAGGACAACAGUUCCAGUGUUUACCAGUGACAGGAAUGAAAGAGUGAAGUACUGGCUGACUCUUCCGUUAGGAAGUUGGGCUGCUUAGGUGUGAGGUUUAGUAGACAGUCUAAGGAAGAACACCAAGUUGUUCUCCGCGCCAUAUGACCCCGCAGUUGCGGCGCCAAGAACUGUUCUCCUUAGUAAUCAUCAUCAUCACCAAGUUGUUCUGACAAAAAGUUUGCCAUUCCCUAAAGUAUUAAUUAAUAGAAGCAAGGUAGUGUAUCAAGUAAAGGUAGGUAUAGUUUAUAGAAGUUUAUAUUGUUUUACCACAUAAAAAUGUAUUAACUUUUUAGAAAAUAUUUUAUUUUCAAAGAGUAGAAUGAAAACUAUUCAAUAAAUUGAAUAUCUUGCAAUGUAAGUUCAUUAGUUUGAUAAAUCUGAUUCUUGUUAAUGUUUGUCAAGUGGAGUGCUUCUGUAGUGUUUGUGUUGGUGCAUGGCAGCAGCUCAAGUAGUAGUAAUAGUCGUAGAUAUAGUUAUUAUAAAACAAAAGAGUGAAGUAGAUAAUGUAGAUAAAGUUAUCCCUGUCAGCCAUGGCAAAAACAUGGCUGCCAAAGUUGUUAUUGGCAGAGCUGCAAAAAUUAUCCAAUACUGGUGGCGGAGUACAAGUAUUGUUGCAUUGUUAAAAGGUCACUCAAGUGAAAGCAAAAGUACACAUUGUAAGAAGUACUUGAAAGUCCAAAUAAGCAGUCUCAUAAAGUAUUCCAGCACUAAAUAUAAAGGUAAUCACAAUUAUUGAUAAAGAUCAUCAAACAAUGCACUGGGAAUGUUUGUUAUGAAACAACAAUAAAACAUUGAUGCCAUUCAGUGGCUAAGCACCUCAGCAGAAGGAGCAUUGGUGUCACUACGUGAUUAUGAAUACUUGUAUUGAGCUUGAUCAGUAAUGGCUUUUCAAAGUUAUGGUUGCUCAGCACUGUUUUCAGGACCAGUGGUUAGCCAACACGGCUGAACAGGUACUUACAGGCAGUAGAUGCAGCCAGUGUGUUGCACUAUAAAAAAAAAUAAUGACAGUUCAUUCAAAGCAGGAAACAUCUUUUGUACCUCCAUUUGUGACCUUUACAACAUUGCUCUCACCAUCAUUUUUUGUUGCAUCAAAUUAUAUAAAAUCUUUUGGGAAAUACGUUGUGUUCAUUACCUUCCUCAGUGUGUAAAUGUUUACCCAGGCCACAACAGUGUAAAGAGUAAAGAAACUUGCAUUUUGUAACAGUUAAAAGUACAAAUAUUUCUUAAUAAUAACUCAGUACAAGUAAAAGCACUCAACAUUUCAGUACUAUUAAAAUAUAAACAUAGAACAACUGUUCUUAGGUACACUACUUGAGAAAGGUAUUUUUUUUUUUACUUUACAACUUUGAUAUUUUGUAGGGAGAGAGAGUAAGAGCAAACUUGUGUGAAGUUGUUAUAGUAGGAUAUCAAUGUAUUAUUAUUAUUUAAUAUCACCACGAAUUAGGCAUACAAUUGUCAAUGGAAAAACCCACGACAGAUAGAUCACGCCACCUUAUAGGAAUGUCGUCCGUCAGUGUUUACCGUCUCAGUUUUGUAUACUUCGCACUCCGAUGGUGCGUGGAGGUCACCUUGACAUACGUGACCAAUUGUAACAAUUAUUUUCCAACCUGUAACUCGCCACUCCUUCACGAGAGUCCGACUGACACACAACGACAGUCGCUCUCGCUCCGUCGCUUCUUGUACAUAAAGGCUACCAAUAUAAUUCGCCUUAAGGAAGCUGAAGUCUUAAUCAACACCCUUUAAACGCCCCCCGACAAGCCC